UUAAUUAGUGUGGAAUGAUUGUGAAUGUGCACAAUCUGUUUUCAUAAGAACCCAGUGGCUGGUGGCUGUGACCUUUGCCGUCUAUGACCUGACAUCCCCUUUGGAUCUCUUUACUUGCUGGAGCCCACCUUUGCCCCUCCCCAGGGAGCCUUGCGGAUAAGAAUGGGCUACAGCCGACUGGGUCUGGGCAACCCACAAGCCCUCUCCCUCCAAACACUGGAAGCAAAGGCUUGCUAGUGGAGCAGUUUUUAGCAUCCAGGUUCCUAAGGCUUCCUAUGAACAUCAAAAAGGCCCUUCCGGAUCAGGUCAAUGACCCAUCGAGUCAAGCAUCCUGUUGUCACAGUAGCCAGCCGAUGGCAAGCCGGCAAGCAGGACUUGAGCUCAAUGGGACUUGUGAUUCUCAGAAACUGGCAUUGAGAGGCAUACUGCCCCCGACAGAGGAGGGAGAACAUAGCCAUCAUGGCUAGUAGCCAUUAAUAGCCUUAGCCGCCUCUACGAAUUUGUCUCCUCUUUUAAACCAUCCAAGCUGGUGACCAUCACUGCCUCUUGUUGGAGUGAAUCCCACAAUCUUGACUAUAUACUGUAUGAAGAAGCGCUUUCUUUUGGCUGUCCUGAAUCUUUCAACUUCGGGAUGAGCAAAAAUGCAGCAAAGCUGACUUACCUGAGUUAAAAAAGAGGAAAAGAACCCAGAGUACUGGAACACGAAAGCCAGGCAGACCCUGGAAUCAGCGCUCAACUUGACACCUAUGAAUCACCGAGCAAAGAACAUCAUUCUCUUCCUAGGGGAUGGCAUGGGGGUGCCCACCAUCUCUGCCUCCCGCAUCUACAAGGGUCAGCUGGCAGGAGGCUCUGGGGAAGAGACCGUGCUGGCGAUGGAGAAAUUCCCCUAUGUCGCCCUAUCCAAGACAUACAAUGUCGACCGGCAGGUGCCUGACAGUGCUGGAACUGGAACUGCCUACCUAUGUGGGGUGAAGUCCAAUGCAAAAACCCUGGGACUGAGUGCCGCGGCGGUCUAUGGCAAGUGCACCUCCACCUUUGGCAACAAGGUAGACUCCAUCCUGCAUCGGGCAAAGUUGUCAGGCAAGUCUGUGGGGAUUGUGACGACCACCCGCGUGCAGCACGCCUCACCAGGGGCAGCCUACGCCCACUCGGCCAACCGGAGUUGGUACAGCGAUGCCAAUAUGUCAAGAGAUGCCAUCCAGCAAGGCUGCAAGGACAUUGCCUACCAGCUGGUGCACAACACAGAUAUCAAUGUGAUUCUUGGAGGGGGCCGGAUUUACAUGAUGCCUCAGCAGACCCCGGACCCAGAAUACCCAACUGAUUGGAACGGGACCAGGAAGGAUGGGCUGAACCUCAUCGAAAAGUGGCUGAGUGGCAAGGAGGGAGCUCAAUAUGUCUGGAAUAAAUCAGGCUUGGCUGCCGUCAAUGAAAACUCUACCAACUAUCUUAUGGGCCUCUUUGAGCCGCAGGACAUGAAGUAUGAGCUGGAGCGUGACAACAGCACGGAUCCCUCCAUUGUGGAGAUGACAGAGAAGGCCGUCCAGAUCCUGCGCAGGAACCCCAAUGGCUUCUUCCUCUUUGUGGAAGGAGGUAAGAUCGACCACGGACACCACGAUGGCAAAGCCAAGCAAGCUCUGACUGAGGCUGUGAUGAUGGACCUGGCGGUGGAGAGGGCCCUCCAGCUGACCAACGCCUCAGAGACUCUCACAGUGGUCACAGCCGAUCACUCACACGUCUUCACCUUUGGGGGCAGCACGCCGCGAGGCAACAACAUCUUUGGCCUGGCACCAAAACGAGCAACAGACAAACGCUCAUACACCAGCAUCCUCUAUGGGAACGGACCAGGCUACACCCUCAAGAACGGGAGCCGCCCAGACGUUAGGUCUGAGGCCUUUGAGGACAAGAACUACCAGCAGCAGGCAGCUGUGCCCCUGAGCUCCGAGACCCACGGCGGAGAGGAUGUUGCCAUCAUGGCCCAGGGCCCCAUGGCCCAUCUCUUCCACGGCAUCCAGGAGCAGAACUACAUUGCCCACGUCAUGGCCUACGCUGGCUGCAUCAAGCCCUAUCACGUGCACCCGGAGUGCCCUCAGCAUGCCCGGAGUGAAGGCGUCCAUGAAGGGUCAGGCUGCCUGGCUCGCUCACCUCACUACCCUUUGCUUGCUCUCUUGGCGCUCUGGGCCUGCCUGUUCCUGCUGCGAAUAUGACUGCGCAAAAGACAUGCCCGUGCAUGAAUCACACCCACAGGGGGCCUGCAACAUGUGUCUUCGAAAGACCUCUCUGGACAUCACCUGGGAGGUUACAAGGAUAUCUUUGCCAGCUCCAGACACUCCCAAAUGGACAAACCAAUCCAUUUUUCUUUCUUGGUUUGUCUUCUGUGUAUACAAUUGUACAUAAAUGUAUGACGCUACUUCCCUUGCCAGCAGCCUUGGCUUUCAGAGAAUAAACAAUGAUUUUGUUUUCUUUA